AUGGUUGAUGCUAUACGCUACAACUCUCCUGCUCUGCCUAUCGCCUUUACUUUCUAUACCCUUCCUUGGGUCAGCCUUGAGCAGCAGCUUAGUAUACAUCUGGAGCCGGCGGAACCCGGAGACGAGGCUAAGCUUGCUUGGUCUUUUGGUCUUCACGGCGCCAUAUCUGCCGUGGGUGCUGAUGGCUUUUUCUCUCUUGGGCAUAUAUGGUAUUUCUUUUCCGAUGUCUACCCCUCAUUACACAAUGGGCAACGGCCGCUCGAUCCACCACAAUUUUGGCGGAAUCUUUUCGAGAGAGUGCCUGCGGACACCGGAGCUCAACCAAUCAACAAUGAAAUUGCCGCGGCGACUGCACCGGAGUUACGGUAG